UUCAAUUCACUUCCCUUCCUCCAAAUUAGUUCCAACACAAAAACCAAGCAAAGAAAAAGACUCUACCGAAACACUUCACUACUCAUACAAUAUUUUCAGACACAACAUGUUGAAGGAAGGCACCAACAACGUUGGUGGCAGCAACACUGGCACCACCUGGUCACGUGUCUGUGACACGUGCCUGUCUGCGCCAUGCGUGCUGUACUGCCAUGCAGACUCAGCAUAUCUUUGCUCUUCCUGUGAUGCUCGUGUGCAUGCAGCUAACCGUGUGGCCUCGAGACACAAGCGUGUGUGGGUGUGCGAAGCGUGUGAGCGUGCUCCGGCGGCGUUUCUAUGCAAAGCUGACGCAGCUUCUCUUUGUUCUUCCUGUGAUGCUGACAUUCACUCAGCAAACCCUCUCGCUAGCCGCCACAACCGUGUUCCCAUUCUCCCGAUCUCAGGUUCCCUCUUCAGGGAACCAGAGCACAAUCACAAACGCGUGGAACACGCGUUCGUGAAUGAGGUUGAGGAGGAAGAGGAAGGGGUUUUUGAUGAGUAUGAAGACGAGGUUGAAGCUGCUUCGUGGUUGUUGCCACAUCCUAUGAAAAAUAAUGAUGAAAUUGAGGAGAAUGAUUGUGGUGACGAGGGUUUUUUGUUUGUUGAUGAGUAUUUGGACAAUCUUGUUGAUUGUUGUAACUCAUGUGGUCACAAUGACAACCAGUUUAGCAACGUUUAUCAGCACCAGCAGAAUUACAACACUGUCCCUCAGAACUAUGUAGUGGUUCCAGUUCAGGUGCCGCAGCAUUUUCAACCCGGUUUGGACUUUGACUCAUCAAAAGCUGGGUUCAGUUACGAUGGUUCUCUUAGUCAAAGUGUUUCGGUUUCAUCAAUGGAUGUUGGAGUUGUACCCGAAUCAACAGUAAGUGGCAUCUCAAUGUCCCACUCAAAGUCACCAAUAGGGACAAAUGACCUAUUUCCUCCCCUUCUCAUGCCUUCACAUCUCACACCAAUGGACAGAGAGGCAAGAGUCCUAAGAUAUAGGGAGAAAAAGAAGACAAGAAAGUUCGAGAAGAAAAUAAGAUAUGCCUCAAGGAAGGCCUAUGCAGAGACUAGACCCCGCAUAAAGGGUCGUUUUGCAAAGAGAACUGAUGUAGAAGCUGAAGUGGAUCAGAUGUUCUCCACAAAACUAUUCAAUGAAGUUGGAGGUAGCAUUUUUCCCACUUUCUAGAAUGGAAAGAAAGUAAUUGCCAAGCCAUAGAAGAGAAGGUUGGGAACCACACAUCAUUGGAAGAACUUCAUGUAAUUUUUAUGUAGUCUAAUUAGUUUGGUAUUAUAUUUACUUCUAUCUUGUGCUUUAUAAAUAUAAAGUAUCAUUUGAGUCGCUA